UAGUGAAUCAGCUGUUUGAAUAUGAUUCAAUUUGCAGACAAAAUUACAUCAAGCAUCCCUUGGAGAAGCCAUUUGUAAGGAUACCAGAUCAGUACCAAAGACCUGAUGGUGCAAUGGAGGGUAUAACAUCUUAUAAUAAAGAUUUUACAAAGAAGAUGGCGCCACCUGCAACACAGAUUCGAGAUGAUGGUCAAAAGCUGCAAGGCGGUAAAUUUGAAGGGGAACCAACUUAUAAAGAUGCUUAUAAGAAAUGGGAUAUGUGUGGUCGUCAUGGACCUUUUAUUAGUAAGGAUCCAUGGGUACAACCAAUCGCCAGAUUUGAAGGGGAGACGACUAUGAAUCAUGAUUACCGUAAAUAUGCCCAGCCUCCUCGCCAAUCAAUGAAACCCCAAGAGGAAACAAAAUUAUCCGAUGCACCAUUUUCUGACAAUACCGGCUACAGGCAAUCCUAUCAACCACAUGCCCUAGGGCCAAAAUUUGUACGGGAAAGAGAGCAGUACAAAGCACCAGGUGUACCUUUCGGUGGUGUCUCAACAUUUAAACGAGAUUACAGGGGAUCAGUUGGCGAACUUACAAAAAGCUUCAAGCCGAAUAAUCCAGCAUUCUCGUCCGGUCAACCAUUAGAAGAUUUAACAACUAAUCGUAAGGAUUAUAUCAAACAUGCCGAGCCUCCUCGCCAAUCAAUAAAACCCCAAGAGGAAACAAAAUUAUCCGAUGCACCAUUUGCUGACAAUACCGGUUACAGGCAAUCCUAUCAACCACAUGCUCUAGGGACAAAAUUUGUACGGGAAAGAGAGCAGUACAAAGCACCAGGUGUACCUUUCGGUGGUGUCUCAACAUUUAAACGAGAUUACAGGGGAUCAGUUGGCGAACUUACAAAAAGCUUCAAGCCGAAUAAUCCAGCAUUCUCGUCCGGUCAACCAUUAGAAGAUUUAACAACUAAUCGUAAGGAUUAUAUCAAACAUGCCGAGCCUCCUCGCCAAUCAAUAAAACCCCAAGAGGAAACAAAAUUAUCCGAUGCACCAUUUGCUGACAAUACCGGUUACAGGCAAUCCUAUCAACCACAUGCUCUAGGGACAAAAUUUGUACGGGAAAGAGAGCAGUACAAAGCACCAGGUGUACCUUUCGAUGGUGUCACAACAUUUAAAAGAGAUUACAGGGGACCAAUUGGUGAACUUACAAAAAGUUUCAAGCCAGAUAAUCAAGCAUUCUCAUCAGGUCAACCAUUAGAAGAUUUAACAAAUAACCGUAAGGAUUAUAUCAAAUAUCCAGCAUCAAAGCCAUAUGUUCACGUUCAGGAAGGUUACAAAAAACCAGAAGGUGAUAUGUUCAUGCAAACUACCAAUAAAUCAACAUAUAGACAAUUGCCAUUGGAUAGAAAUGCCAUGAUAAGACCAACAGAUGCAGGAAAAGUAUCUAAUGGACCGUUCGAUGGUACAACAAGUUAUUCACUAAACUACAAAAAGUGGCAAGUCAAGGCAGUGGAACAGUCUGCUAGAGAGAGAUACCAUCUCAACAAUGCCCCAUUUGAAGGCAUGUCAACUCAGAAAGCCCACUUCAUUCCACAUGAAAUGGUGGCAAAUCGCUCCUUCAAACCAGAUAACACAGCCUUCCAAAGUUAUGCUAAUACCAUGUAACGUCAAGAGUACGUUCCCAAACCACGUCCAUUAUGUACAUGUUAAGACUCUUGUACUCCUAGUGUAUUAUGCGCUAGACAUAAUGUAAUCCAAACUGUUACAAAAUUACCUUAAGGAAUGGCCGUCAGAGCAGCUUAUACUAACUUUAUUGUUCAAUUUCUUUAUGUAAAAAAUUAAAAGUAGGUUCAGAUCCAGUACAAGUUGCUGUCUAUUUACAUUUUAUGAGAUAUUUUUUGGGUACAAGUAGGGUAAAAGUAUGAAUUAUAUAUAUAUGAUAUAUGACCUAACUCAUAUUUCAUAGCUUUGUAUUUUUUUACUAGUAAAAUGAAGAAUAAAAUAAUUUUGUAGACGAAAAGGGUAUUUUGGGAAAAAAAUGAUAGAUUUUUGUCAAUUACUAACUUUCAGAACUUACGCAUAUCUUGGGGAUAAUAUUUCUAAUACUUCAAUCCCAAUACUCUUCUUCAUAACCUCUGUUUUUUUUACUCUUAAAUUAUUAAAGUUAUCAC